CCCCCCCCCCCCGGACAUGCCAUGAAUGAAGUAGGCAUGAGCUGGAGGUGAUCAUUCAUCAAUACUCACAAUACCUUUUAUUGACAGGUUACCGUGGGCAAAGACGCCCCUGUAAACCAAGAGGGCGCCGGUCGCGUCUCUGGAUCCCUCGCCGCCGAGUCUAUGGCUCAUGGUGGACAAUUUUCCGAGAACACUGGCGCAAAAACCAAGUCCGAAUCCGGGAUCACGAAGCAGUCUGGCAACGAAAACGUUCCGUCGGCUACAGAAUCGAGCGGCAAGCUGCAGAGCGCGACAUCAGUCCUCGGCGCCAGCGGUGGCCAGGGAGGAGCAGCCCCUACCUACAUCGCCAGCCAGUACAUUAAGGACAAGUCGGGCCCGCACGGCAAGAACCUGAAGGAGGGCAUCGACUACGAGGGCACCGAGGACGGCCUCCAGAAGGCCCUAAACGCCGAGCCCGGAAGCGAGGACGACCCCGCACGGUUGGCGGAGCGGCAGUUCCAGCAGACCCAGCUGCGGGCCGCUGGUGGUACGGGGCCCAAACAGCAGCAUGCGGGCGGGGAGACGAUGUAUGAGAACCUCAAGAGCAAUGAACAAGCCUGAGGCCUUUCCUGUAUUAUGUGUACGGAGUACACGGGCUGGCUUGCGAAAGGUGAAAAGUCUCCUGUUGGUCGAGAUACGUUGUGUAUAAUUAAUAGCACCAAGCUGUCUUCAGAAAUGGCAGCCAAUCCACCUUCAAAUAAUUUAUGAUGAGAUACAUACCCGAAAAGAAGGCAUCUUCCAAUACAUGUGAAGGGACACGUAAAUUCAAGUCUUCUGAUUUUCGGG